AUGAACAUGUUGUUUGCCAGUUUGCUGCUGAUUUGUGGCCUCUCAAGUGGCCUGGCCAAGAGUUUCGGGAAGCUGAAUUGCUCGGAUCAUGUGCAUAAUCUGGUGGUCGCAAACUCCGACUUCUCACGUGAGUCUUGAAAUUUUGGAUGUGAAAAAAUGUUUGUCGAAGAGAGAGGAUGAAGAGCGAGGAGGGAAACAGAGAGAAAAAAAUAAGCCUUAUUAUCCAUGUCCUUGACGACCUUUUCCCAAAAAAGUUGUUUUUUGUUGAAACGUGACCUUUUCCACGUCUAUUUUCAUCGAAAUAUCAGAGCUUUUUCGACCAAAAAAACCUCAGUUGUUUCUGCAAAGCGAGUGAAAAUUUUCACAAAUGCCUGAGGGCAUAACAAGUUAAUUUCCUUCAAUUUUCCCCAAGCUUUAUCAAAAUCUAUCCUCCUCAGACCUUCCUAUUCAAAAUUUCAAAAAAAUCCAUCUAAAUCCUCUCACCCUUGCAGACCAAAAACCCUCGUAUAUCACAUUCCUCACUGCCGACAUCUACAACCACGACCAUUCCCCUUCAUGCGCGUUUGGAAGGCCGAACGUCCCGCUGCCCGGUUUUGUCAAAUUCUUGGACGGAGAGCUCCACGUGACAAAAUACUACGAUGUCCUGAAGGAUGGAGUGCUCAAAGCGACCGUGAGGAGCAGUUUCUUCGAGAAACCGAUCUGUUUGAACGGCGAAAGUCAGUAUCUAGCGCUGCCCAAUUCUAUGUGGUAAGGGGAUACUUUUGAAUUAAAAAUGAACUGAUUUUCAGCGACUUGUUGAGCGUAAAAUCCAAAUAUAAUAAUUUCAGUCAAUUCAAAAUUAGCGACUUCAUGAACCACGACAUUGUGCGGGUCUUGGAGGAGCCUGGAGUCCACACACUGCAAGAAAUCACCGAGAGGAUCGGGUUAAACUCAACCAUUGAGCUGCCAGAGCCCCCAAGCUUCUUGGGAAUCUCGUUGUUGGACCUGUUGUCGGUAAGGAAGGGAGCAUUAUCCCAACAGACUAAAACAAAGGCAAAAACUAUUAGCAUCAGAAAAAAAGUGACGCUGAAAGAUCGCUAAGCAGUUUAUUUGCCUGUCCAAGAAAUAAUGAGCACUCUGUCGCAGGAAAAAUCGCAUCGCUGUUGAGAAAAUGAAUUGUGUCGCGGCAAAAUCAAAUUAUUUUUUUUACUUCAGCGACUUGAUCGGCGCACGUCAAACUGAGGAGUCCGGUGACCGGAGUAGACUCUUCGUUCUCGGUUUUUUACAUUUCGUCUUGAUUUCGCAGAGAAGACAGAGAAAAGAAGCGCAAAAACGUACUCUCUCGCCCCAAAAAUUCCCCAUUUCUUCCCCGAUAAAACGUUUUUUCGCGUCUUUUUUUUGGCAAAUUGACAAUCCAUCUCGCUCGACUGUUCUAGCAUAUCUCAGUUUGGCGUGCGGCGCAGCGACAUUGUGCUCAUUAUUUUCCCGACAGACUGACGUCUUCAAGCUAAAGAUCUUUUUGAAGAGCCUUCAGCAAGGUCAUAUUGCAAAAAAAUCAAAAAAAAAAAUGCAUUCCAGUGAAUUCGCUGAAGCUUCUUCUUCAGCGAAUUUACUGCAAUGCUAUUUUCUUUUCUCGGAAGUAGCCGCUAACGCUGGCAAAGCAGUAAACACUAUUUUUGUCCCAAGCAAGAGAAAUUGAUAUGCUUUUACAGUAAAUUCUACUGCUGUAAAGCUUUAUUUGACCCCGUUUUUUGCCGCAUAGUCAAGCGAAUUGACCUCCAAACACGUGAUUUUUAAAAAACCGAUGAUUUUCAACGCCAACCAAGGCUUAUUCCACCAUUUUCAGGGAGAAUUCGCAUUCGGCUUUCAAAUCGAGACCAACGGCCAAACCGUGAUGGACGUGAUGAUCCCCACCAACCACAAAUGGCUUCAAAUCGGCGUCGCCGACAACUCGGUGAAGGAUGAGGACGAGAGCGGCAGCGAGGAGGAAUAG